CUAUAUUUUUGUUAUUUUGUUCAAGUGCAUAUAAAAUAUUAUAUGUAUAUAUACGAAUAAUUCUUUUUUUGGCAGCCCAAUAUUAUAUAAGCUUCAUCUCAUAGAAUGUGACAUAAGCUAAAAAAAUUACUUACUUACAUUACAAUAAAGACACAAAAAUGUUGCGGCGAUUCUAUCAUAGUACCUGUGUGUUAAAUAAUUUAAAAAAACAAGGCCUUAAACUUUCUAAAAUGUUAAACCCUAAAAGUAAAAAGCGAUGGUAUCCAAAUGAAUCGUUGGAAGUUAAUAUGCCUAGUGUUAAAAGUUUAACUAAAGUUAAAAACGAACCUGGGAAACGUGGAGUGAGACGGAUAGCAAUGCUUAAUAAAUUGUUUAUGAAAAAUAUUACGGAUAUUUUAUCCACAGGCACAGUGUCUUUAAAAGUAGUCGGACAAGGAAUAGAAAUAUCAAAGGUGAAAAUAAUGCCAAAUCUCCAAUCAAUAAAUGUUUUCUGGGUGUGUAAGGGUGAUGCUUCAGAUGUACAAACAGAAGCCCUGCUCCAUUCCAUUGCGGGUCCUCUCCGACAUGAGUUGUCAACACUGAGGUUGAUGGGAGAGGUGCCAUACAUUUUUUUUGUUAAAGACAGGCAAGAAUCCCAAACUGUAGACCUUGAUAGAAGACUCGCUGUAGCUGAUUACGGAGAUGAUUACACUCCAACGGAAAUAGGACAUUUACUAAGAACAGACUUCACUCUAAACACAAAACUAUCACCUGAAGUCAAGGCUAAAAUAAAGCAGCUAGAGGAGAAAAUAUAUGAUUCCGAAGAUCCAAUACCAGAAAUGACUCAUAAUGUGUACGGAUUGGAUCAUGCCAAGAUACUGAAUCGUCUUCUUGGAGCGAGAAGGAUGACCAGGGACGCUUGGGACAGUAUUAAAGCUGAGGCUCCCAGUAUAACAUACAGAGCGGAACCAAAGACCUCUAAUAUUGAUAUCGGCAGACAAAAGAAAGAUAUAUCAGAAUUUCUUCUCCAACGACAGAUACAACAAAAUAAGCUUUACAAAAAAAUGAGGAGUGACCAAAAGAAUGUAGAAAUAGCGACCACUGAAGAAGAACAGGUCUAUUUUGAAGAAGACUACUAUGAAGACGAAGAAGACAUCUACGAGUUUGAAGAAGACGAUAGAAGAAAUUAAUAUCUAUAUAUAUUAUAGUAAAUAAAUGUAGUACAAAUUA